UUAAGGUAUUCCGAUUUUUACCUGUGGUAUAAGUUAAUCAAGAAUUUGCUAAAAUGUCGGAGGACCGGGUGAAUCCUGGAAUGAUAACAAUUUAAAAACAAAUAUUGUGUGAUUGUUCAAUGUAAUAUCGUUGAGCGCUUUAGUAAUAAUAAGGAUAUUAAAGUAAAGUUACUUCGAAACCAUGUCCGCUCUUCAGAAAACUAUAAUGAAAAACAAAUUGCCGCCAAGAUGCCCCAAAAGUUCUGGAAAAUCAAAGAUGGCGCCCUUUGGUGCUGGCCGCCGUAAGGACUACACGCCAGUAUCGUGGAAGGAGUAUUUCCAGAGGAAGGUUGAUGUGGAGACAGAAGGAGGGACCUUCAAGGUGUACAUGUCUCCGGACCCUGACCACCCAGACAGGCCCAGGAUAGUGACGCUGCAUGGCGGAGGAUAUUCUGGACUUAGUUGGGCUUUGUUCACUGAAGAGAUAACCAGUAUGAUCCAUUGCCAAGUAGUAUCAAUAGACCUGAGGGGUCACGGAGAGACAGUUGUCACAAAUCCAGACGACCUGAGCAUUGAAACACUUGUGCGUGAUGUGGAGCAGGUCCUGCACAAGUUGUUCUGCGAGGGCCUGCCGCCGCUGCUGCUGGUGGGACACUCCAUGGGCGGCGCAGUGGCAGUGCGCGUGGCCCACACGCCCUCGCUAGAACACGCCGUGCAUGGGAUCGCGGUCAUUGAUGUCGUCGAAGGUACUGCAAUGGAUGCAUUGGCGAGUAUGCAAAACUUUUUGAGGAGUCGACCCACACAUUUCAAGAGCAUUGAACACGCUAUAGAGUGGUGUGUGCGGAGUGGUCAAGUGCGUAACGUAGAUUCGGCGAAAGUUUCGAUGCCGAGUCAAAUUGUCAAUUGCGAGACAGGCCUGCUGGCCACCAACGAGGUGGAGUGCUACACGCCGGAGCCCCCGCAGGCCGCGGCCGCCGCCGCGCGCGCCGCGCCCCGCGCCGACAGCAUCGCCGAGGAGGACAGCGACCUGCCCGACGCCGAGGAGGCCGAGGCGCCCGCCGCGCCGCCCGCCGCCUUCCUCGCGCCCGCCGCGCUGGGCGAUGGCGCGGGGACCGCUGCACGCUACGCCUGGCGUAUCGAGUUGUCCCGCACGGAGCGUCACUGGGCGGGCUGGUUCUGCGGACUGUCGGCCGCCUUCCUGGGAGUGCGGGCCCCGCGUCUGCUGCUGCUCGCCAACAUCGACGGCCUCGACCGAGACCUCACCGUCGGCCAGAUGCAGGGUAAAUUCCAAAUGCAAGUCCUGUCCCGCUGCGGGCACGCGGUGCACGAGGACUCGCCGGGCGACGUGGCGCGCGUCGUGGCCGCCUUCGCGCUGCGGCACCGCCUGUCCGCGCCCACCGCCGCCGCCCAGCACAUGCAGCUGGUCGCGGCCGUGCCCGGCUGCUAGGCGGGACGGGCUACGAGGCUAUGACCAUUCUAUUUGUUACGAGCUUUUUCAUCUGUUAAAGCAGCUAAGGUCAGCUCGGGCUGCCUAUAUAAGUUAGAAACAGGUAUUUCAUGCCUUUCUUUUUUACUCAAAUAUCGAAAGUUUUAAAUCUUUGUAAUAGUAUAUUUUACAAUUUGGAGCGCAAUAAAGUACUAAAUGUAAACAUUCAGUAUUCAGUUGAAUCUGGUAAAACUGGAGAUGAUUUCAACAUAGUAAAAAAUCUAGACGAUUAUUCUCAAAAUUACUUUCUUAUUUGAUUUACGCUAGCAAAGAGAAUUGUCAUAGAUAAUAAACGCUCACUCAAAUACAUUGACCAGAAACAAUUGUAAAAGAUUCUCUUAGUAAGGAACGAACCAUAUAUUAGUAUACUUAAAUAAGUCUGAUCGGAUUGUACUUAGAGCUUGGUUCGCGCAAGCUUCCAAGAAUAUUCAUAACCACAUCAAAAUCAUAAACUUACUUUAAACUCUUCAAAUACAGACUGCAGCUGUGGAAGUGAGACGAAAUCACACGCAAUGUAUCACUGUUUCGCUCUACCA